AUGAGUGAACCCAGAAGGAGUAUAAAGUGCAUUAGCUACUCGAAUGAUACAGAUGCAGAUGAGAUACAUGUUUUGGUCGAAGAGGUUCUCGAUGCAGCUUAUGGCUGUUACAUAUGGCCGUCAGCACUCGUCAUGGGGGAGUUUGUGUGGCAUAAGCGCAAUCAUUUCAAAGAUAAAACAGUGCUUGAGCUAGGUGCAGGAACAUCUAUACCGUCUAUUGUUAUUGGCAAAUCUACACCAUCAGCGCACUUGAUUCUGAGCGAUAUACCUGAAAUACUGCCUGUGGUACGAAGUUGCAUUCGAUUGAAUGAUAUACAUGGAACUUGGAUCCAGGCCAUCAAAUGGGGACAAUUUGGAUCAGAAUGCAGCAUUGAUGCUCUACUGGACCGUGUUGAAAAAGAACGGAAUACCAAGAUAGACUACAUUCUUGGAAGUGAUACGUUCUAUGAGCCUUCUCAAUUUGAAAACUUGAUUGUCACUGUGUCAUUUAUCAUCCAGAAGCACAAUGCAAACUGUAUAUUUUACACUGCAUACCAAGAAAGAAGCCCCAAACGAAGCAUUCAAUAUCUCUUGGAUAAAUGGAAGCUGAAAUGCAGGCAGAUCUCAAAAGAGUCAUUCCAAUUUGAUGAGCUCAAGUACAUUGAUAACGAAGACGAUGAAUCAGAGGUCAAAGUGAAUGCGGGCACACUAUCCAGUGUAUUUCUGCUGGAGAUUUCAUCCAUAGAUCUUCCCUUUUCAUAG